AAAGUAAAAAAAAAAAAUAUUGGAAAAAAAAAUUGAUUUAUUUCUAAUUUUUUUUCCUCUAACAAUUUAUAAAAUUGAAAUUCAAUUAUACAAAACAUACAUACAUACACAUACAUAUGUGUACAUAAAAUAAUAAGAAAAAAAAAAUACAUAAGUAAAUAUAGAAAAAAAUAAAAGAAAAUUUUAAAAACGCAUUAAAUAAAAAUUUUGUUUUGGAAAAUUGAAAAUAAAAUUAAAAAAUAAAAAGUUAAUUUUCGUGUUUAAUAAAAACAUUUGAGAAAAAAAAAAAUUAAAUACAGAAAACAAAACAACAAGGAAACCAAAAAAAAAAACACCAGGAAAAUAAAUAAAAUGAAACUUGGAAAUAAACUGAAAUCAAAUAUAGAAUUUGCAUCAAAUUAUUAUAAAAUUAAGUUAUAAAAUUUAGAAUUGCAAGAGCGUUAAGCUAAGCGGAAAUUGUAUACAACAUAGACGAAGAAGAAACAAAACAUCUAUUGAGCGGAAAAAAAAAAGGUUGUUCACAAAAGGAAAUAGCAAAGAAAAACAAAGAAAUACAAAAACACACGAAAACAACAACAGAAAAGAAAAACGCAGAAAAUUAAUAAAAGAAAUCAACAACAAAAAAUAAUUAAACGCUUUUGAACAACGCUUUUUUAAAAAUCAGCGAAAAUAGGUUUCUGUUUUUCAAAAAGAAGUGAAAACAACGGCAUCGGCCUGGACGUUAAUCGAGAAAACUUGUUUUAUAAAAUUUAUAUAACACAAUUGUUGUUAUUUAAAAAUAUUUUUUAUCUUAUUAUCAACAUAAAGGACGCGGCCAACGGCCACGCAAACGGGUCAGUGUCGAACGGCCAAGUAAAAACAACAAACUCGAACGGUACAAUGGUGAAAACAUUUCAAGCAUAUUUACCGGCUACGAAUCGAACAUAUUCUUGUGUACAUUGUAGAGCUCAUUUAGCGAGUCAUGACGAACUUAUAUCAAAAUCUUUUCAAGGUAGUCAAGGUCGGGCUUAUCUGUUCAAUUCUGUAGUUAACGUGGCUUGCGGUCAAGCUGAAGAACGAGUAUUAUUAACUGGACUUCAUGCAGUUGCAGAUAUAUACUGUGAAUGCUGUAAAACUCCGCUUGGUUGGAAAUAUGAACAUGCAUUUGAAUCAAGUCAGAAGUAUAAAGAAGGAAAAUAUAUUAUUGAGUUAGCUCAUAUGAUAAAAGAAAACGGAUGGGAUUGAUCGCUUUUAUGAAGAUAUUUUAAAAUUGUUUUUAAUAAUUUUAAAGCGAACUCGGUAGCCAUUAUCGUUUUAAGAGAACGUCGUUCAAAGGGAAGCUGAAAGCUAUACACUUAUUAUUAUAUACAUAUAUAUAUAAUAUAAAAAUAUGUAAAUAUAUAUAUUGUAGAUGUAUAUAACAUAUAUUUACGUAUAUAAUUUUAUAUGUUCAGAUAUAUGUAAAAAUAUUUUUAAUAAUUAGCAUUGAACCUUUUGAAAAAGAAAAUAUAAGGAAAAAGAAUGCUUUCUUUCAAUAUAUUUAUCAAUAAUAUGGGAAAAAAAUAAUUAAAUAUAUAUUAUAUAAUUUACAUAAAAAUAUUUAACAAAAAAAAUAUUAUAUAUACAUGUAUUAUUUUGAAAAAAAAAACCGCAUAAAUAUUUGAAUAAUAGAAAUUUGAAUUUGAAAUUACAUUUAAUUGAGACUAAAGUUGGAAAUAAGCUUAUUUAUUAUAAACUAUCCUACUAAAAAUCUUUGCCGAUUUAUUACGAUUGUUUCAAGUGAUAUUUUUUAAAAUUUUAUUUUAUAAAAUAAAAAUUUAUUUGUGAUUAUUAUUUAUAGAAGAUAAUCUAUAUCGAAAAUUAUUCAAAAAUCAAGUUUUUUUCCGCAUUUUUAAUCUAUACUCUUCAAAUCGGGUAUAUUUUAUUUCCUUAACCUACCAAUUUUACUUUCAUUUUAAAAAUUAAAACUUUUAUUUGAAUAAUAUAUUUGUAAAUCAUGAAAUUACUUUUAAAACCGUUUUAUAUGUUUAAAAGCAGAUUGUAUAGAAAAUAUUUUUCAGAGGUCAAAAAUUUUGAGUUAUUAUAAAUCAAAAUAUACUUUCGGAAAAUACUUUAUCGUAUUUUGAUAAACCACAACAAAAAAGCAUUAUGUACUUACUUAUUAUUAAAAAAAUUUAUUGUAUUUUUAAAACUAUAAAAGUGGCAUUAUCAGAAACAUAUGAGAGAUUUAGUUGAUAUGAAAAAAUAAGAAUUCAACACACACGAAAACAAAGAAGUCGUUUUUGAUUUUGAAUUAUAGUAGAAAACAAAAGAAAAUAAUCAAAUCAUUGUGGUGCUGUGCUUUUAAAAAUGCACUUUUUUUUAAUAUAGUGAUAAUAAAAUUGUAAUUUAUAUUUUAAAAAUUAUGUAUUUGCAUAUUUACGAUUUGUGCUAUAUAAACGGUCUAAAUUAAUGAUAAAAAAAAACAAGUAUUAGAAUUUUUUAUAUUAUGAAAAUAUUAUUCUGAAAAUUUAUUAUUACGUUCGUAAGGGAUAUAAUCAUAAGAUAAAACUAAAAUAAAUAGUUUUCGAACUAAAAUUGAAUUAUCACUAAAUUAAAAUUUUAUUCCUUUAAAAUAACAAUUAUGUAAGAGUGUAGAACAAAUGAAAGUUUUCUCUGACGAAUGUAAGAAAAGAAAACAAAGUUUAUUUGAAAUCCUAAUUCAUUGAUUUUGGACAUAUUUACAAUGUCCUUUUUUAAUCAAAUGUAACUUCACCGAUAUUUAAAAUACCUAACAUAAUAUUUUAAACAAAUUUAAUUCAUAUUAAAUACUAUUGUCUCGUCGCUCACAUUAUAACCACAUUGAAACAUUUUAAAUAUAACUUUGUUUUAAAAUCAUAAAAGUAAUUUCGUAUAGAAAUUAUUAAUGGAAAAGAAACAUUCGUAAUAAUUUGACAAAGAAUUGGAUAUACGAGUACAUAAUUUAAUCUACGUAUAAAAUGAAAAAACAAAACAUGUAAUAAUUAAAUAAAAAUGUAAAUGUUCGAAAGUUAAGAGUUUUUCCGUCGAUAAUGUAGUUUGAAUUUUAAUUUAAAAGUAAAAGAAAAAAAAACAAAAAAAAAAACAAUAGAUAAAUAAUUAUAUCGAAUAUUUUUUUGUCAUUAUUAUUACCAAUUGUUAAAAUACACAUAUAAAGUUAAUUAUUAAAUUGAAAAGUCAUUGUAAUGAUUUGACGAUAAUACAAUCACUUUAAAUAAUAAAAAAAAUGAAUCAAGAAAUAAGUAAGAAUAUAAAUAUAAAAAAGCGUAUGAAACGUAAAAAAUAUAUAUAAAUAAUUAAUAUCGUAAAAAAAUCACAUAAUAGAAUUAAAUCUUAAAAUAUGUUACUACUAUUUAUACUUAAGUAUAAAAUUAUGCAAUCUUAACGACAAAUAUAUAUAUAUAUAUAUAUAAUUAUAUGAAUGUGUAAACAAAAAUAUAAGAUAAAAUGGCGAAUAUAAUUAAAAAAAUAUUUUUUCUAUAAUUAAAAAUUUAAAAAUAUAUGAAUAAAAUACUAAGUACAUAAUAUUUUAUAUUUAUAAAUAAAUACGAAAUACAAAUAAAAAAAUAUUAAAAAUUUACAAUAAUUAUCAAUUAAAAUUUGUUUUGGUUCUUUUUCUUUUUUCAAAGAAAUUGAUGCUUGUUUGUUAAAAUAUUUUUAAAUUGUAAUAUUUUUUUUUUAUUUCGGAUUCUUGAUAAUAAAUCUUUUGUCCAAAAAAUUUUAUAAGUUUGAAUUUGACCAUAUAUUGCAAUCAAUUUUUGCAAUAUUUUGCAAUAUUUUUUUAUAUAAUAAUUUUAUAUUUGCAAUUUUGUCAAAAUUUUUCAUUUCAAAGCCAUUAUUUUAAAGCAAAAAUAUUUAAAAACAAUUUACUGUUUACACAAUAAAUUCA